GACCGCUUGCUCAGCUUUCCAGACCAUGGCCAAUGCAUUCGACAUGUCUGUUGCCCAGCCCAUCCUGUGGCCUUUCCAUGUGAUGGCCGGUGCCCUGUUGGCAUCUCCAGAGUGCUCUUCACUUGACCUCCAAUGCAGAGCCCACUAUUUUCUGCCAGACAUCUUGUGUGUAUCGCAUGCUCAUUUUCAGCACAACCGCUCACAAAUGUAGCUAUUUUCCAGACAGCAUGCUGCCGUUGCUCUCAGGAGAUGCCCUCGCUACAAUUAAAUAGAAAUCAUGUCCACGUCCAUGCUCAAACUGCCGCCAACUUCAUCAAUGAGAUCUCCAAAACCAUCCGAUGGUCAGCUACCCAGCACACAGUCGCUACAUUCACGCCAGGCCCUUCGCACAGUCUCUCCUGUGGUUCUCGCAUGCUCGCAUGCUCGCAUUCAGCACCGACCACUAGUGCUCUCGAGCCGCUCUGUUUCUGAGGCGACAUGACCACGACAAGACAUUUAAGACUCGUCCAGAUCAGUUACAUCAUACGUUCGCUGCUCUAACGAGGUCAGCUU